UGCCUCCCCACCAUUCACCAGGCUCCACUGCACUGGCUUAUUCCUGCCUCAGCUGUGCUCCUUUUCCCUGAAAAGUUCUUCUAGAUCUUCAUGGGUGAUUUCCCUCUCAACAUUCAGGUAUGAACUCAUGCCACUUUCCUGACCACCCCCAUCCACUCAGAGAUCACCCAAAAUCCCAUUACCUACUUUAUUACUCCAUCGUGUGUAACACUAUCUGAAACUAUCUUAUUGUUGAUGCGGGAUAUUUCUUGACCCCUUCACAGACUCGCACAGGAGUGCCCCAUGUACUCAGCCUGCCCCAACUCAACCCCUUGCAGGAGGGAGCACACGCAUGAACGAGUGCAGGAGCCGGCUAGCUGCUUUAGUGCUGGAGCAAACUCCAUGCAGGCCCUGCAGUGGCAUCCAGUCUUUCCAGAUUUGCUCAAAGUGAUCCCAGUGAGCAUCCACGUCAAUGUCAUUCUCUUCUCUGCCAUCUUUAUUGUGUUAACCAUGGUGGGGGCAGCCUUCUUCAUGUACAAUGCUUUUGGAAAACCCUUUGAAACUCUGCAUGGUCCCCUAGGGUUGUAUCUGUUGAGCUUCAUUUCAGGCUCCUGCGGCUGUCUUGUCAUGAUACUGUUUGCCUCUGAAGUGAAAAUCCACCAUCUCUCAGAAAAAAUUGCAAAUUAUAAAGAAGGGACUUAUGUCUACAAAACACAAAGUGAAAAAUAUGCCAUCUCAAUCUGGCUGACUAAAGGCCACAGCUGAGCCUGGAACUGGUUCCUUCAUACUCAACCUGCCAUCCUCCGGAAAGCACCAAGGAAAAAGCAGAGAAUGACAGCAAACAGACCACCAGCCUCUGGCUACAAGUGCUGGGUACUAAGCAACCUGCAUAUAAUGAGUUUGAAAGUGCUCCUUAAAACACCUUUUCCCUUUUGGAACUAUUUACAAGGAAGAAACAACUGUAUACCUGAGAAAUAACUUGCUCUGGGGUCAAUUUGCUGUUCACCAGCAGACAUCAGAACACACCCUGAGUUUCCAGAUGCUGGUUUUUCCCCUUAACUCAGGAAAUGCAUCUGGAGAAUUUCUAGAAGAGUAUAAUUCAGUCUAGCCACAAAGGGGAUUUUUUUGGUGACAGGGUAGAGCCUAGUUCUCUAAGUCUUCGGCCAAAAUGGUCUAGUACAGAAGCACUGGAAAUGGAAAGUGGGAUGAGAGGACAAGGACCAUGGCCCUCGUGGGCAGCUGGCUGGAGGCCCCCAAGGCCAGGUAUCCCCCUGCACACUCAUGUGAUCCUUCUCUGUCUUCUUGGAGUUCUGAAAACCUUCUUCAAAUGCCAGGCUUUUCUCUUUAGAAAACAAGUCUCCAAUUGUUCUCUGUUAGGUACAAAGAGAAAGAAAACCUGGAGCGGCUGCUGCAAAAACUAAUGAGGACCUAAGAGGCAAACCCAUCAUGUUCCCUGGAUGGGAAGGAGAAGCAGGGCUGUGACAGACACUCAAAAGGUGCCUGCAAAGCACACCACACACAAAAUAAAGCAGGAAACAACCUGGGUACCAGCAGUGCCCCAGAGUCUCCCUCUCUUCUUGCAGAUGAAAUACAUAGUCCCCAGGGCCUAUGGGGAGUCCUUAGAAAAGGGUUCUGGCUAGGACACUCGAUGGUGGCUCCUGCUUGGUGGGAAUCAAAGGCCCUGGGAAUGACAUUCAUUUUGAUGGGACCUGCCCUCCCUCUCCAGAUGGCAGCCAGUCUUCUCACAAGGUCACGGGGCCCCCUGCUGGCCCUGGGGAGGAGAACCUGUUUCAUUGUCUCAGAUACCCUCGUAUUUGAGAACAUCAGUGCUGAUGAUCUACCAGAACGAAUGGCAAGAACAAUGUAAGAACUCCACCCUGGGUCCGUCCAGGUGGACCCAGCCAAGGCAAGACAUGUUAACCAGAAUAGGAGCAAGCCUCAGAAUAAAGUGAAAACAGGUACAGAUGGUGCAUUAGAAUGAAGAGGAGGGGCACUCCUUCUAUCUGGGUGCCUUACAGUUUCCAAAGGUCUUUUGCUCUUGUGGUCCCCUCUGGUCCUCCAGGGAAGCUGCUUCAUGUCACAAUACAGGUAUUCAGGGCCCCUCAAUGUGUCCAGAGUCUCAUACAUUUAUACAAUCAAGGCAAGGGACAGUGGUAUUCUUCUUCUCUCCCUCUGCCCCUUUACUGGGUAAAAGGCUAGGAGAGGGAGACCACUGCCCCUUCUUAACCCUGGUGGAGACAGAGGGUGCACACUGGCAGUGGUAGGGUGCACCAGCUCCAAGGUAAGCAUGGCUUGCCACUAGAAUGGAUAUUUGUCCCAACCAUUUACCUAGACAAAUCUGAAUGGGAACCAAGGGGUAGACUCCAGAGGGGGGAAAGUGGGGCAGGGGUCGGGGGAGGAUUAACCUCCCUCUCAGUUUUUCUCACCCUCUCCCCUUCCAAUAAGAUCUAGUGUAGUUAAAACAGUACAGCUGUGAUAAUAGAAAUGCUGCUUUGAGACCAGUCCCAAGCCCAGCCCUGUUGCUCCAACUGCCUUGCUGCCCCUGGUCCCUUCUACCUAAUAUCCUGGGGCCUGUGCUAGUUCAGUGCUCGAUGUCUGCUCAAGUGAUGUGCCCAUUCGAUGUCUGCUCAAGUGAUGUGCCCAUUCUCAAGCCCCUUCAGUAUGGCAGUUCGUCCCGGCUCAGGGCUGAUGGCUGAUGGGCCACCUCCAUCAGUGACAAGGAACACAGCAAUGCUCGUCAUUUAGAGAAAAGGGCAGUUUAGAGAAAAGGGCAGAAAGAAAGACUGGGCAGGAUUGGGGUCUCUGCUUCUGGGCCAAAAUCCCCCUCAGGAAAAGCCCUCUUGCUCCUAUAAAUACUGAUGUAAGCCAAAUUAAAUUAUACAUUUUUUUCUUCUUUUUUUUUUAAGCCAUGAAUGAGCAAUAAAUUAUAUUUUGAUUUACAGACUUACUGAUAAAUUCCCACUUAGGCAACCAGACACACCCAUGGGUGUCACAGCCCAGAGCUAGGAUUUACUAGGCUAUUUGGAAAGUCCAAACACCCAUGUCAGAAACCUCCAGAGCCUCCCCUGCCAGUCCUAAUGGGCAGUAUCAGGCAAUGGUUGUAGAGACCCCAGGGUGGAGGUGAGGUGGGGGACAGCUAUGGUGUUGUCAAAAGGCAAGUGUCUUAAGAGAUUGUUUCUUUGCUUGA